AUGCGGGUGAGAACGUACCACCGGCACCGCAUCAACAAGAGUAGCCCCUUGCUUGCCGCACUUGUGACCACCAACGUUGCCUACUCACUCUUUUUUGCACUCCCUGUUCUUGCGGCGUCGCUGCGCAAACGGUGGGAUAGAGGAAUUACUUCGAGUCAGCAGACAUGGUGUGUUUGUAUUGCAGUUUUCUGGUUUAUGGCGGAGCUGCCUCGUCUGUUUUUUGGUCACACAAGUAACCGGCAAGAGUACGUGCCAGGCCUUAUUCGGUUUUUGGGAUUGACGUUGUUGCCUCAACUUCCCUUCGUGGUUCUCUACAAUGUCAUGUGGCCGCAGCCGGACUCCCUCGAUUAUGCCGUCAGUGUUACGAUGCUCAUACUACUUGUGGCGGAGUUUUUUUGCUCCGUCAAGCUCCUAGGCACGCUCGUAAAAAGCAACCAGAUAGAGUACUAUGUCUACAGGAUGCACGUCAGCGGUGAGUAA